CUGGAAAAGAGCCAGCAGAUGCAGAGGCCUGAAUUGCCUGCAUUCUUAAAAGAAAAGUCUUGAAAUUCAACAACAAGUUUCAUAUCAGUUUCAUCAGAGGGGGUUCGACGUUCUAUCCCGUUAACGCAUGGUAUCGUAUCUGCCUUGUGAAAAAUCAUCAGCUAACUCCUUUCUCCAUAUGCUCGUCUAUCAUAUUUACAGCUGUCAAGUAGCGUUCGCAUUAUCAACCCUGUUGAGUUGCAAUGUGGCCAUCUAUGACUACUCUGGCUAUGGCAUCAGCAGUGGCAUCCCCUCCGAGAAGAACGCAUACUCGGAUGUGGAGGCAGUAUUCCACAUGCUACUCAACAAGUACAGUCUCCAGCCCAGUCAGGUCAUUCUAGUCGGACAGAGUCUUGCCCCAACUAUCCACCUCGGCUCCGUGCGUGAUGACGUGGGAGGGGUGGUGUUGAUCAGUGCCUUCUCCUCCCUCGCUCGGAUAGUCUGCCCUCAGAGAAGGUGUCAGUGCUGCGACUUCCUCCUCAACGCAAACACCAUACAAGGAAUCUCAGCUACUAAAACCUUGAGAAAUUACACUCGAAUAGAAGAGGUUUCAUUGAAAGAGGUUAAGCCGAAGACUCUCUUGAUCCACGGGAAGGACGACCAACUCAUCCAAAUCGGACACUCUUUCGAACUGUUCAAGCUCCUCCAGAACCCCGCCACUCCCGCCUGGAUCUCAGGAGCAGACCACAACAACAUCUACGAGUUCUCUGAAGUAUGGUUGCGACUCAUGACUUUCGUCGAGGAAAUAUACCCCGAGCUAUACGGAAAGAUGAAAAAGACCGAGUUCGAAGAGCCAAGGGCUGCAUUGCUGAAGAUGAAAGAAAAGCCCAAAGAUGCUGCUCAAGGCGAUGAUAAAUCACCAGAAACACUUGCUUCACCAGAAACUUGCUACACCCGACAGCCUAGCUCAUUGUCAAAGAAACGAGAACAAAAAAGAACAGAUCCUCUUGCUGUAGAUAAUGACAAGUAUUCAAAGAAUUAUGUGACAUCAAUUGCAUGA